UACUUUAUGAUAAAUUAAUUUAAUCAAAUAAAUCUCUGAAGAAACCUUGAAGAGGAAAAUAUCAAUGAUAGAGUAUCUAUGACGAGAAACGCGAGGAACUAGGAAAUAUCCUAGAAGGUACCAAACGGGUGCAGUGUUGUGCAGUGCAGUGUCGUAUAGUGCAGUGCCCGCUCGAGUGUCCCCUGGAUGCAGUUCUCGGCCUUCGCGGAUCAUCUGAACCAGCGCCGGUAUUCCCGCAAUAUCCACGACCCAGAGCUUUUGAUCCCACGAAGAGUCUUCGAGGAUGGCAGCUUCCACACGUUCUCCUUGCCAAAGUUCUACGACCGACGAGACACCGAAACGCGACAACGUAGAUCAGCUAAUGAGAAUGAACCCUCAGAGAAGUUACAUUUGGUGCUUCCUUUCAAUGGCGCCGAUCACCAUGUGGAACUGCAACCCCAUCGUGAAUUCAUCUCGCCCGAUAUGGUUGUGGAAAUUCGUGGCGCCGGGAUCUCCACCAAUCUAAAUGACGCGUUGCGGUUCAAGAGGAUCCCUGAUGAGCAAUGUCAUUACAGGGGCUUCGUCAAGGGACAUCGGAACUCAAGAGCGGCCCUGUCGCUCUGCGAUGGUGUAGCCGGCUAUGUACAAACCAAUCAAGGACGAUACUUCAUUGAGCCGCUGGAAGAAACGGAACCAGCCACCGAUGGUCAGCAUGUGCACAUGGUCUACAGAAGAGCAGCACCACAUGAGAAACAAUCCGAUAUUAAGAAAAUGUCUAAAAGACAUUGCGGAACUGAUGACCAGUGGGAGUCUGCCUGGGCGGAACAAUUGGCCAAAAGACAGCUACGUCUGGCCAAGAAUAAUAGCGUCACUUCGAAGAGAGAAGACCCGAAACUCCCCGUGGCCUCUAGUACUCACAGCAUUCACCGCUUCAUCGAAAUAGGAAUAAUUGCAGAUAGAAAAUUCCUCGAUUAUCACAAUGGGAGCAACUACGAGCAGUACCUGCUCACAAUAAUGAAUAUGGCGUCGGAUUAUUAUCACGACAGUAGUACUGGUAAUCAAAUAGAUGUCAUCGUUGUGCGAAUGAUUUACUUAGAAAAACAAAAGGACGAGAUAGACUUGCACAUCAGUCCGAAUGCUGAGAAGACACUCGACAGCUUCGCAAAAUGGGCCGAAAAGAUGAAUCCGAAAGAUCACGAACAUCCGAAUCAUUACGACAUUGCUGUAUUAGUCACAAGACACGACAUUUGCGCGGAGACGACUUCCUGCGAUCUUCUCGGUCUGGCCUUCGUAGCAGCGGCCUGUGAUCCCCCUAAGGCUGCCUGCAUCAACGAGGAUUCAGGGCUCUUGCUAGGCAUCGUCAUAACUCAUGAAGUUGGCCACGUAAUGGGAUGUUCUCACGACGAGGAGGACAUCUCCGGUUGCAAAGAAAUGGAUAAGGACGAGAGCUACUUCGUUAUGUCGCCAAUCGUAUUUAUUUACACCAUUAGAUGGUCCCCAUGCAGUAAAAAAUUUAUCACGACUCUUCUCGAUAGCGGUCUGGGCGAGUGUCUCAACAAUGAUCCUAAGAAUCCACCAGAGAGGUACAAACUGCCCAACAUGCUGCCGGGUGCCAUGUACGACGCUGAGUUUCAAUGUAACCUCGACUAUCCUGGCUCAUCUUUCUGCGAUGCCGGAUCAGUUGACAGGUGCGAAGCGCUAUGGUGCAAAACGUCGGAAACGAAGUGCUCCUCGAAAGGAGCUCCAGCUGCCGAAGGCACCAAAUGUGGAGAGAAUAAGUGGUGCAUUCGAAAGAAGUGCGUAGAAAUGGGCUCUCGACCUAAGGCGGUUCACGGUGGCUGGGGUGACUGGGGUAAGAUGGGCGAAUGCUCAAGGACCUGUGGGGGCGGGAUCAAAUCGGCCGAAAGAGAAUGCGACAAGCCACCGCCGGCAAACGGCGGGAGAUACUGUAUCGGAUACAGAAAGAAGGUUACCACGUGCAACACUACGCCCUGCGACCCGUCAAAGCCACCUUUCCGGGCGACCCAGUGCGCAGGAUACGAUACAAAAAAAGUAUUGACCGAUGGACUUCAUCAAUGGAAACCUUACAUGCCGGAGGAUGAAAAUCCAUGUGUACUUUACUGCAUGAACGAGAAGAAUACGUUUGUUAAACUUUCACCGACCGCGGAGGAUGGAACGCCAUGUAAAGGAGGAACGUAUCACAUGUGCGUUUCCGGAGUGUGCAGGAAAGUCGGCUGCGACUGGGUACUGGAUUCCGAUACUAUAGAGGAUCAAUGUGGCGUUUGCAAAGGAGACGGUUCGCAAUGUACUCCGGUAGAGGGUGAAUUCACAAAGACGGGAACUCGCGGUUACGUGAAAAUUGUGACAAUUCCAAAAGGAAGUCGUAGCAUACAUAUUGCCGAAAAGAAAGGCAACGAAAACACAUUGGCACUUAAAUACGAGAAGGAUGACAAAUAUUGUCUAAACGGGAAAAAUAUCGAACAACGAGACGGAGAAUAUGAAUGUGCAGGGGCACUUGCUGUCUAUACGCAUCCCGAGCCCCAGAAGGAGGAAAUUCUAAUAAAGGACCCGAUCACGGAGGAUGUGCAAGUGCAGUAUACGUUUUAUGAUCCCAAUUCGAAUCCCGGUAUUACUUACAAGUACUACGUAAAGUCUGCUAAUAGUUCGUACACGCCUAAGUAUUUAUGGGACUAUGUCGAAUGGUCGGACUGUGACGCUAAAUGUGGCGGAGGAACUAAGUUAUCCGAGCCAACUUGCAUCGAGCAGCAAGCCGGAAAAGUAAGCAGCAGUUACUGUCAGUCGAUAACACGACCAGAAGCAAAGAGUGAAAUUUGCAAUCAGAAGCCUUGUGGUCCGAAGUGGCGAGUCAGUCAGUGGAGCAAGUGCAGUGCUUGCGGUGGUAAGACAGGCACAAAGCAUCGGAAGGUCCAGUGCGUGAAACCAGCAGCACAUCCGGGUGGUGACGAUGUGCAGGCAAAUUUGGAUGCCUGUAAAGGCAGAGUUCCGAAGCAGAGCGAAGAAUGCGUGGGGCAGAGACCGUGCAAGAGAAUUUGUGCUAAGAAAACUCGGAAUUCCGAAAACUUUAUUAAUGUAUCAGUGAAGCCAGAAGCGCGUAUGCUGUCGUUGGACGAGCAACGAAGAAUGAUAGACAAUUUUGUUGAUUUGGGCCUGGCCCGAUAUCUUGAGAAAACAGACAACUCGAAGUCGGAGAAAAGAAACGUGGCUGAAGAUUUCAGACACUUGAUACAUGAGUGGAUCGUUAGUGGCGAGGAAAAUAAACGAAAGCGUACGUGCGAUAGAGAAGCCGGAACGGAUGUGGAAAACACACGCGAAAAGAGGUACACCACUCCAAAGCCAGGAUCCAUUAUAAAGGAUCAUGCACCUACCAACCAAAUUACACUUCUUCAAGCGCCGUUAAGAGCCGAUUAUUUGAAGUCCAAUUUGUCAGACCUAGCAUUCCAAGAAAGUGGCGACUCUGUGCCCAUGGGACUCGACACAAGACAGGAAAAGGUCUAUAAAGGUGCGCAAGCUGUAAAGAUUCUGAAAGACCUAACGCAUACUGAUAGCGUUUCAACUUCCGCCAAUGAUAAUAACACGGAACGUGACUAUGGCACUUCCCACGCAUCUCCAAAUAAGAUCGACGAUGAUGCAACGUUGACGCCGACGCCGACGUCUAAAUCUGAAAGUGACUGAAACACUUCCAUACUUAACAAACGUUACGUUUAAUUCUUCCACCUCCACUCUUCAAUUAUGGCCGAAGGCAUCCGAGGUAGGUGGAACAGCGGCCGCUGUACCUAUGAUGCAAAUAGACGAGGUAUAGCCACUAGCGGUUCUGCGCAUUUGGACGUUGACGUCAAUGGACCGUCUCUACUCUGACUGGCUGACCACUCGCUGCCGCGAUGUUCUUAUGUUUUAACCGUUACAUCCCUCGUUUUCCAGCUAGAUUUGGCGCCAAAUGUUCGUCUUGACAGGCAACUUGCAUCGUGUGCAAUAAAAGGACCUAAAAUUACUUUACAAUAUUUUAUUACAUAACAUUUUUGUGGUUGAUUAAGUAAGUAUAUGCUUAACGUAUUAAUUGUUGAUAUUAAAUAAGGUAUUUAUUUCAGCUCGGGGUUAGAUUAUUUAGCGGUUGUAAUCUCCCAUUAAUAAAUUAAUAAAUAAUAAUAAAGUUAAAAUUAGUCGAAAUGUAAAUUAUAAGGGAAAUAUAUGUUCCUUGAUUAUAUUAAAUAGAUUGUAUGGUUAGUCCUGAAACAUCAGAUCCGUCUGAAAAACGAAGAAUUUGUGUUCGAGCCUUUAUGAAAUAUUUACUCUUUUCCAUCUUUUUCUUUCAAUUUUCCAUCUUUCCAUUAGUUCAUACGAAAAGAGUCUCAAAAUUCUUUUGUUACGAUUAUAUUUAAUUGGUCAAACAUUACCUAUAUAUUUUAAUCAAGCAAAAUUCAUAAAAACGUAUGCAACAUACUUAUAUGAAAUUACUUUGAUGGAGCAUGGAAGUAUUUUUCUCGUAAAUAUUAGAUAUCACUUUGUAAAUUAAUCAACGCGAAAAAUAUACGGAUAGAAUAUUUUUGUAUCGUCUUCUUUAAACUUUUACUAAAUUCUGCAGACUUAUAAUGUAUGAAAAAAUUCUUUUAUGCGUGCCUUCAUUUUAAUUAAUAGAUGUACAUAUUUACUUUAGUUUUGUACAACGCACGUCCUAUAUUGCGUGUUCAUACAAACAUUUGCUUCAUGAAGUAUCGUGUCAAGGUAUUAUAUAAAUGAAAUGAAGUCGUUUCAAUAUAAAAAAGUAAGUCCGUUGUAGGGGAUCUAACUAGCGAUUCUUUCAUUAUGAAACUGAUUCGCUGUCAUUGUGCUAUUAUGAUAUAAACUAUAGCCAAGCGAAUUCGAACUGAAUUUAAAUUCUGUUACAGGGGGCAGCAUCACUCUAUAACUUCGAAAUGCGAACCAGAGAUGAGUAAGGACAUUCAAUACGCUACGGUUUUAGGGACACCCCUUCAAAACAACCCUUCAAACGAGACCGGGAACUAUAGAAUUUCUGAAGAAUUAUUGAAAAAGCCUAUUGUUGAAAUAUUUUAAAAACAUUCAUAAGAAAAUGCAGUGUCAAUUUGACACCCGUGUAGCACCUUAAUUUUUACCAAAAUAUUAUUGGAUCUUGAUUUACUUUCAAAAUUUAUUCAAAAUAAAAAAUUGAGGUUAAAUCAAUACAUGGCAAAAAUACGGAGUAGAUAAAAAUUGAAUUGAAAUUGUAGACUAUCGAAAAUAAAUUACGUUCAGAU